GAAAAUCUCUCUAGCUGCCUCAUUGAUUGAUCAGGAUGAUGAACUUAGCGAUGAAAUUAUUUACAAUUGGCACGUGUGUUGUGUUUGCCACUAAACGAUUGUAAAAUCACUUAUGGGAUCUAUUCGGCCUUUGAAUAAUAAUUUUUUAUAAUGGACCCUAAUGCAAUGGACUUCGCAACAUUACGAAAUUUUAAAGACUUUUUGCAACUCUUCAAUGUCAUAUCCGAAUCCUGUUUCCUGAGGUGUGUUAAUACAUUUAAUAGCAGAGAAUUAACAGAAGAAGAGGCUGUCUGUGUAACACACUGUGCAGGUAAACACAUCAAGGUCAAUAAAAAGGUGAUGGAGAUUUACAUGGAGGUUCAACCACAGAUCACAAAAAAGAGGAUGGAAGAAAUGGCUACUCUGCAGGAAUCAUUGGAAAAACAGAACAAGUCUUCAGAAACUACUGAACAAACUGACAUCAGGAAAAGUUGAUGUUCCUUUGCUUAUAAUAUAAAACACAUUUAUAAU